CAUCCUUCAGUUCAUCGCCCGAGCCGACGCGCCGAAAGGGGGCAGGCAAACCCUCACCCGCGACCCCUGGGCGCGAUGGCGGCGCCGGAAUCGGAAUGCGGCGGGGGCGACGCCGGCUACCUCGACCUCCGCGACGUGCGCGUCGAGGUGGACCCUGGGACGGCCCGAGGCGGCGGGGGAGGAGGCUUCGCGGUCUGCUUCUGGCUCUACCUGUCCAGCUCCGCGAGGCCGUCCUCGGUGAUCCUCCACCAGGUCACCACGGGAGAUGGCAAUAAGUUGCCAUUUCUUGCUUUAGGCGAAGGCAAUAGACUGCUUCUUUUUCCAUUGAUGACGCUUCACAGAGAAGCCCCUGCUCCUGCUAGUUCCUAUCCAUGGACUGACACAACCAGUCUAUCAUCUACAAAUGAAUGCCCUCUUGAGAAAUGGUUCCACAUUGGGUGUGAGGUUACUGAAAAUGUUAUGCGUCUUCACAUCAAUGGUAACCUAAUUGCUGAGGCUCAUCUUUGUUCCUUAUCUGACGAGCAGCACCAUCAGGAUCAUGCAAACAAAAUUAGCUUAUUUGGAAACGAUAGCAAGCUCGAAGGUUAUAUCUAUAAUAUUGAGGUGUCAUCUGUACUAGGAACUAUAAAAGAACAACAUGCAAAGAACCCACCAUUUAAGUUAUCUAUUGACUACUCAAGCUCUGAUGGAAUCGAAGAGGGUGAUGAUGGCAUUUGGAACAUUGUGGGUGGGAAGGCAUCUUGCAGGAGAAACUUCAUAUUGGAAGUAGUACUAAUCAAUGCUCUUGGUGAACCUGUGAAGGAUAAAGAGGUUGUUGCUUCGCUUGUCUAUGCUGACAAUGGAACAGCUGUUGAAAAAUCAAGGGAUGAUUCAGAGCCUCCCUUGCUUAUUACUUCUGAAGGACUUGAAUACCCAGCUAUAAGCAGGCCUCUACCAAUUAUUCGUGGAUGCGCAAUAUUUAAACUCAAAAUAUCACAGCUCUCCUCCAAAUGCGACAAUAAGCUCUUCCGUAUUCAAUUCUCUACACUGCACAUGCGGAGAUAUCCUUUUCUGGUGGCAUAUUCCAAAACAAUUCGCUGUAUAUCUCGAACCCGCACCAUCCGCCCAUUGGGUUCUGGAAAGCGGGUGAAUUCUGCAACGGCAGAUGAAACUGACUUGCUCAAUAAUGGCCAAGGUUUAGGUAAUGCUGACAGAGUAAAUGGUCGCCUACAUUCUCAUGGCCAAAGUUCAGUAGUGCGUUUUCAUAUGCCCAAGUUUUCCAAGAUAGAAGGCGAUGGAAUGGCGAAGGUAGUAGAGUCAAACAAAAUACUAUCACAGAAUAAGCAUGCCAGAAAGAUGGUGGUAAGCAAAGAAGCGCAGGAUGUCAUGGGGACAGACUCUUCAACAUCCAACUAUGACAGCUUUGAUUCAGGAAGUUCUUGGAGUGGGUCAGAUGGAGAUGAUAUCGAAACCUUUUCAGAUGCUGUGGUUUUCAGAUACUGUCUAGAUAGCACAUAUGACCGGUCAAAGUUUCUUAGAGGUGCAGCUCCUACUUUUAACAAAGAUGACUUAGUAAAACUUGCAGAUCAGGUCUCAUUGUAUAGUGGAUGCUCCCACCACAGAAACCAAAUAUUAAUGUCUAAGCGAUUGCUCAGGGAGGGUGCUGAUACUUGGAGCAUGAUCUCAAAGAACAAUGAACGUGCUCUUUGGUCAUCUGCCAUUCCUGGGAUCAUAACAAAAUUUACAGACAUUUCCCAUUCUGUGAAUAGGGGUUUGUCAGAGCAGGACCUGGAGGUCUUAAGAGGAAUUGCUGGUUGUGGUGAGGAUAUUGGAAAAGACGAAUUUGAUCGGCUAUGGUACUGGUUAUACCCAGUGGCUGCUUCGUUGACAAGAGACAAAAUUAAAAAGCUGUGGGAUUGCACAUCACCUAGAUGGAUAGAGGGAUUGAUUACUGUACAGGAAGCUGAGAAUGCAUUAAGAAGUUCCAGGGAACUGUUGAAGGAGCCAGGAACAUUUGUUCUCAGAUUUCCUACCACCCGAAGCUGGCCGCAUCCAGAUGCAGGAAACCUGGUUGUCACCUACGUAGGCUCUGAUAACUCAAUUCAUCAUAGACUACUCUCUCUUGAUUCCAGUGUUGCUAGGGCUGAGAACCUGCAAGAUUUGCUGCUGCAGGAACCAGAACUAUCCCAAUUGGGCAGGGUUGAUCGGCUCCCAACCGCCAUCCGGAGAUGAUGCAAGAACCUGAUUCUGGGUGCUAUGAGCGAUGAGAAGAGGGUCAGCGGCUCAUCGCAUCCAAAUUCAUCGUCAUCUAAAGAGCAUAGCCCAUAACGUCCGUUGCCUGUUGUUACCCUGGACAACCUGUAAAUCAAUCCCGUCGUACAAAGAGAGGAUGUUGUCAUACUAGUGAGAUCUAGUCUAGUUGCUUCAGAAAUCAGAACAGUAACAUCAGCGAUCAUGUACCUCGAAACCAGAGGUUUUCUGAGUUGCUCUUUUACAUGUACAUAAGCUGAUGAUUCAUCUAUCUGCAGAGAUUUUUUUUUC